UAAGUUCAGACUCAAUUUUUGUAGCCUCACAAAGAAUAAUGAUUACUAUAUAUCUGAUUUUCUGCUCAUAAUAAUUAAAAUAAAAUUCUGAGGUUGCUUUUGUUAAGUCAUACAUUUGAUUGAACGAAAUAUUUAUGGCUUCAACACUUACCUUUCAUUCUACACUUUUUGUUUCUGUGCAAUCCCCAAAAUGUUUUUACAGUAGAAAUCAAAUUACACUUGCUGCUCUCAAUCCAUCACCAUUUUUUGCCACAAAUUCAUUGCUUAAGUUGAAAAAGCAAACAGCUUUAUCAACCAAACAAUUGAAGAAUCUGAGGAGCCACAACAAGUUUCAGGCCACACCCUUAAUAUUUGCAGCUCAAUUCAAUUUCUUGAAAGUGCUUCAAACUACAUGGAGAGUUGGAAAGGAUGGAAUUGAAGCUGGAACCAGCAUGGUACCUGAUGCCAUUCCAAGACCGAUAGCCAGGAUUGCUGUGACCGUAGUUUCAGGGGCCCUUGCUCUUUUUGCACUCAAGUCAUUCCUGUCGACAGCUUUCUUCGUGUUGGCAAUGAUGGGAGUCAUUUACUUUGGAUUUAUAGCUUUGAACAAAGAUGAUGGUCCAAAAGGUGGUGGAGGCACAGGCACCACGUCCGUUGACGACAGUCUAGAAGAAGCAAGGAGAAUAAUGGAAAAGUACAAGUAAGAAAUGCAGAAAUGGAUCUUGUUCGCGGUCAUUAUUAGUCUCUCUGACUUGCUCCAAUGUUACUAGUAGGCUUUCAAAUCUUAUAGUGAAGGAAUCCCCUAUUCUUGAAUGUAUUUGUUAAAGGGUAAUGUGGUUGGUUGUAAAUUUCUGGGUGUCUUGUACCCAUGUUAAUUAUCUAAGUGCAGUGUCCUGAAAAUUUAUGCUGUAAUGGUUGCAGUUUUUGUUUUUAUUCCUAAAAUUUCCUUGUUUUAUA